ACCGCCCCCUCUGCUACUCCGGCUCGCUCAUUGGCUGUCUCCACAACACGUACUUCCGCUCGGUGACGUUUCUCCCUGGCUGCAGGAUUUUCCCGCCAGCUCCUUGAACCGCGUUGCCGAGGCGGAGAGAGUUGCGCGGCCACCAUGUCCAAGCAGAGCACCCUAUUCAGCUUCUUCACCAAGUCUCCUCCCGGCAAGACCACGAAGAACGGCACCUCCGGGUCCCCCACCGAGGCUGACCUGCCCUCCGCUACCGGCAAGAAAUCUAACUCCUCUCCCAAAGAGUCAGCCGGGGCUCCAAAGCAUGGAGGGAAGACCCCCAGAGCCGUCACCCCGAGUGUGGUCUGUGAUUUUACACCAGGAGAUCUUGUUUGGGCCAAGAUGCCAGGUCACCCAUGGUGGCCCUCCCUAGUUUACAACCAUCCCAGAGAAGAGACACAUCUCAGAGGAAAGGGAAAGUCGCUCAGUGUUCAUGUACAGUUUUUUGAUGAACCCCCGAGCAGAGGAUGGGUGGGAGUGAAAUAUAUAAAGAAUUAUUCAGGCUCAACAGGAUCUGAAACCCAAAAGGGAGGCUUAUUUUUCAGCACAAGAACUGAGAUAGUAAGAGCAAUGAAAAUGGCAGAUGAAGCAAUGGCAACGGAGAAAGAAAAGAGACUGUGUCUGGCAGUGUGCACAGAGCCUUCUGAUUCAGAGGAGGAAAUGGAGGUAGAUGAAAAUUCGGAAAGUGAUGAAAAGAUUCCAGAGAAUAAAAACGGAAGGCCGCUACGUCAGACCAAAAAGGCUAAGAGGAGAAGAAUUAUGGUUGAGUCGGACAGUGGAGAUGAGGGAUCUGAGGAUGAGUUCAAGCCAGAUGCUAAGGAUAAUGCAAGCAGUGAUGAGGACAGCAGUGGGGUCGAUGAGGAUAAAGUUUCUGCCCCAGAGUCUGAAACAGAAGACAGCCCUGUCAAGAUCCCUAUCAAACGUAAGAGAGGAAGCGCGCCAAAGCCUCCUGCUAAGAAUUUGCAAAAUGAUCUACCGGAUACUCCAAAAAGAACAGUCAAUGUGUCAGCAGAAGCCAAGCUAAAGCUGUCAUCUUUCUCUGCCCCAGAAGCCUUUGAGUCGCAGUCAAACACUGGAGGUGCUGGUGCUGUUUCUACCUGGGACCAUGAAAAGUUGGAGUGGCUUCAAGAUGGGAAGAGAAAAGAUGCAAAACGAAAAAAGCAGAAUGAUGAAGAUUAUGACCCAGGCACACUGUACGUUCCAGACGAUUUCCUCAAUAAAUGUACUCCAGGAAUGAGAAAAUGGUGGCAGCUGAAAUCUCAGCACUUUGACACGGUCAUAUUUUAUAAAGUUGGCAAGUUCUACGAACUUUACCACAUGGAUGCUGUUAUUGGGGUGAAUGAGUUGGGCCUCAUGUUCAUGAAAGGCCAAUGGGCCCACUCCGGAUUCCCAGAGAUUGCUUUUGGCCGUUUCUCAGAUGUUCUGGUUCAAAAGGGAUAUAAAGUAGCCAGGGUAGAGCAGACAGAGACACCAGAGAUGAUGGAAGCACGCUGCAAGUCCAUGUCUCACCCUACGAAGUUUGAUAAGGUUGUGAGAAGAGAAAUAUGCAGGAUUAUUACCAAAGGAACUCAGACCUACAGCGUGCUAGACGGAAACCCCUCAGAAAGUCAUAGUAAAUAUCUGCUCUGCGUGAAGGAAAAGAUGAACGAUUCAUCCGGUCAGCAGAGAAUAUAUGGCGUUUGCUUUGUGGAUACUUCCGUAGGAAAGUUUUACAUCGGACAGUUUCAUGAUGACCGCCAUUGUUCAAGAUUUAGAACCUUGGUUGCCCACUAUCCUCCAGUACAGAUCUUGUUUGAGAAGGGUAAUCCAUCACUGGACACUAGGAAGGUACUUAAAAGUUGCCUGUCCACUUCCAUUCAAGAGGGGUUAACGCCUUCCUCUCAGUUCUGGGAUGCUUCAAAAACACUAAAGGUCUUAGCUGAGGAAGGUUAUUUUGUGGAAGAUUCUAAGGAGGACUCUGAGAACAGCUCAUUGCCUCCAGUUCUAAAAGCCAUGAUUUCGGAGAGUGACUCUUUAGCCCUUACUCCGGGUGAGAAGCAUGAGCUUGCUCUUUCUGCACUGGGGGCCUGUAUUUGUUACCUUAAGAAAUGCCUUAUAGAUCAAGAGCUGCUCUCUAUGGCCAAUUUCGAAGAGUAUGUUCCUGUUGAUCUUGACCUUGAAAGAGCCCAAACCUCAACCAGUUUCUUUGCUAAAACAAGCCAGCGAAUGGUUCUUGAUGGAGUAACACUAGCAAACUUGGAGAUUCUCCAGAAUGGGACAAAUGGGUCUACUGAAGGGACGCUGCUAGAGAAGUUAGACACAUGCUUCACUCCUUUUGGCAAGCGUCUUUUAAAGCAAUGGCUCUGUGCUCCGCAAUGCAAUCCAUUCUCGAUCAAUGAUCGACUUAAUGCAGUAGAAGAUCUCAUGGCUAUUCCGGGAAAGGUUUCCGAGGUUGGGGAACUGCUGAAAAAACUUCCAGAUCUUGAAAGGCUUCUGAGCAAAAUUCAUAGUAUUGGCUCUCCACUCAAAAGCCAAAACCACCCAGACAGCAGAGCGGUCAUGUAUGAGGAGACCACCUACAGCAAGAAGAAGAUAGCAGAUUUCCUUUCUGCUCUGGAAGGUUUUAGAGUGAUGCGCGAAGUCAUAAUGAUCAUGGAAGAUGUUGUUGAUGAUUUCAAGUCCAACAUUCUCAAGCAGGUGGUCAGCCUUAAAGAUAAAAAUCCCAAAGGACUCUUUCCAGACUUGUCAGCUGAGUUGAAGCGCUGGGAUACUUCAUUCGACCACGAGAAAGCUAAAAAAACUGGAGUGAUCACUCCUAAAGCUGGUUUUGAUCCUGACUACGAUGAAGCCCUGAGAGACAUUAAGACCGAAGAGCAGAAUCUGAACAAUUACUUGGAAAAGCAACGUAAGAGACUGGGGUGCAAGAAUAUGGUUUAUUGGGGGACCGCAAAGAACCGUUACCAAAUGGAAAUCCCAGAAAGUGUCAUAGGACGGAACUUACCGGAGGAGUAUGAGUUAAAAUCUACAAAAAAGGGCUUUAAACGUUAUUGGACCAAGGCCAUAGAAAGUAUGUUUAGUGACCUGGUAAACGCAGAAGAGCGCAGAGAUGCAGCCCUUAAAGACUGUAUGAGGAGGCUGUUCUAUAACUUUGAUAAAAAUUACAAAGAUUGGCAAACGGCAGUGGAGUGUUUUGCUGUAUUGGAUGUCCUGAUGUGCUUGGCGCAGUACAGCCGUGGUGGCGAUGGGCCAGUUUGUAGGCCUGACAUCUUGUUGCCUGAUGACAUUGCACCAUUUUUGGAGCUCCGUGGAUCCACUCACCCUUGUAUUACAAAAACCUUUUUUGGAGAUGACUUCAUCCCAAAUGAUAUUGUAAUUGGGUGCAAGGAUGAUGAUGAUGAGGAGAAUAGUAAUGCCCACUGCGUACUCGUCACUGGUCCAAACAUGGGCGGCAAGUCAACCCUGCUAAGACAGGCUGGUCUCAUGGUGGUCAUGGCACAGCUGGGGUGUUAUGUUCCUGCAGAGGUGUGUAAGCUGACCCCUGUGGACAGAGUAUUCACAAGGCUGGGCGCAUCAGACAGAAUCAUGGCAGGGGAGAGCACAUUUUUUGUGGAAUUAAGUGAAACUUCAAGUAUACUGCAACACGCAACUGAGCAUUCCCUAGUGCUCCUGGAUGAACUUGGCAGGGGCACUGCUACGUUUGAUGGGACGGCAAUAGCCAGUGCUGUUGUUAAAGAGCUCUCUGAGAGGAUUAAAUGUCGUACCUUGUUCUCAACACAUUACCAUUCCCUGGUGGAGGAUUACUCUCACACAACUGCUGUACGCUUGGGACAUAUGGCUUGUAUGGUUGAAAAUGAGUGUGAGGAUCCCAGCCAGGAGACAAUCACUUUUCUAUACAAGUUUAUUAAGGGUGCUUGCCCAAAAAGCUAUGGAUUCAACGCAGCAAGACUUGCCAACAUUCCUGAGGAUAUUAUUCAGACUGGUCACAAGAAAGCACGAGAGUUUGAAAGAACUUUACUGUCGGUAAAGAUAUUCAGGGAGCUCUACGGUUUACUGGAGAGAGACAUCUUUGACAGCCAAGCAGUCGGCAAGCUCCUGGCAAUGGUGUAAUAACAAAAUACAACGGUGGAUUUUGGUGUUUAUUCACAAGGCUGGUUUUCACACAUUAUGAUCUAAUAAACUUUAUUUUUUAAAAAUGA